AUGCUUUCUCAACGAAAAAUAUAUCCAGAUUCAAAAGGUUCGGAUGAAACGAAUGAAGCAACGUCUCUUAUAUCUGGUAUUUUUAAAAACGAUAAAUGCGGUUCAGAUAAUUUGAAAAAAAAUUCUUUACUUUGUAAUUUUGGAGAUUUGCCUCUUUGGCUUCAAGAUAAUUGUGAUAUUCUUAGAGGAUAUCGAAGACCAACAUUUUCUUAUCUAAAAUGUGCUGAAUCACUGUUUUAUGUUCAUAAUGAAAGUGCGGUUGCAAACAAGUUUAGAACUCCAGAAUUUAGAUGGUUUCGUACUGGACUAUUUAUAUCUAUGGGAUUAAGUGCUAUUAUACCUUUAGCACAUGCUUUAAUUAUUUAUGGGAUUGAACUAUGUGUUAAUGUAAUCUCUCUUAAGUGGUUGGUAGUGAUGGGAGCGUUUUAUAUUACUGGUGCAUUGAUUUACGGUGCAAGAAUACCUGAAAGAUGGUUUCCCGGAAAAUUUGAUAUUUAUGUAAGCAAUGUCAUUAUUUGGUUAUAUUAUACUCAGUGUUGUACAUUUGAUAAAUUGGACAUUUGA